CUCACAACAAACAGAACAAGUUUAAGUGUUUGGUGUAACGAUAUCCAAAAAUUUAAGAGUUUGGUGUAACGAAGUCAAAACAUGGGAAGCCUCAAGUCUCUCGCUCUGUUGGCUUUGCUCUUUUCCCUCUCUCUCGUUGUUUUUGCCGACACAUCCAACGAUGCCACACAUGCUAGGGAUGAAGUGAAGCCAAGUGAAGCAACCGAUGCCAUAGAGCCUCAGACAAGGUGGGGUGGUGGUGGACCUGGUGGUGGACUUGGUGGUUGUAGGUUCGGAUGUUGCGGUCUCUGGUAUCGUGGACGGUGCAACUACUGUUGCCGAAGUCCUCAAGCCGAGACUGAGGAAGCCGUGGAAGCUGAAGCUGUUGAGCCUCAGGGAAGGUGGGGUGGUGGACCUGGUGGUUGUAGGUUCGGAUGUUGUGGGUGGCGUUAUGGACGGUGCGCCUACUGUUGCCGAAGUCCUGAAGCCGAGACCGACGAGGCUGUGGAAGCUGUUGAGCCUCAGAGAAGGUGGCGUGGUGGUUGUAGGUUCGGAUGUUGCGGAUGGCGUGGGAGACGGUGCGCCUACUGUUGCCGAAUUCCUCAAGCUGAAACCGACGAGGCCGUGGAAGCUGUUGAGUCUCAGCAAAGUUCUGAGGAAGUGGAGAAAAAGGAAGAAGCUAAGCCAUGAUUUGGUGUGUAAGCAAACUCUAUGUUUGUACGCUUGCAAUGUAUGGUUUAUUACUAUUACGUACAUAUGUUAAAAAAAAAAAAAAAGUGGUGCCUAAUAAGGUCCCUAGCUCAAUAAAAAAAAAUCGUAGGGACAUAAUAUAUGUAUUUUGUUAUGUAGUGUU